AUGGCAGGUUACCGGGUGUUGCGCGGCCCUGACUGGGACGAGGGCGAGGCUGACGGGGGCGAAGGUCACCUAGGAACCAUUACUGAGUUGCUAAGCGACGGGAAAGUUCGCGUGCUGUGGGACAAGGGUCAGGAGAGCACCUACAGGGCGGGGGCUGACGGGAAGUUUGACCUCAGGAUAUUUGACACGGGUCAAAGAGGCAUUCGCCAUCCGAAUACAAAGUGUCAAGAAUGUGGGGAGAAGAACAUUUAUGGAGUUCUGUGGAGAUGCAAAGAAUGUACCGGAUAUGACCUUUGCUCUAAAUGCUACUCGGAGGACAAGCACGACAUACGCCACAGAUUUCUGCGAAUCGAUUCUUUCAAAAGUAAUGGGAAGGAGGUAAAGCAGAGAAAAACAAGUGUAAAAAUGAGAGCGAUGGGGAUUUUCGAAGGGUCAAAGGUCACACGAGGGAAGCACUGGCUUUGGGGAGACCAGGAUGGUGGACCGGGUACCCAGGGUGAGGUUCAGACCUUCGAGAACGUGGCCCCGGGCUCCACGAGAAACCUGGUGCGGGUGGCCUGGCCCAACGGUGUCGUCAACAGUUAUCGCCUGGGUUUCCAGGGUCAGGUGGACCUCACGUGCGUGGAGGAGGAAAUCGGACCUUUCUACUACAGGGAUCAUCUGCAGCUCCAGUGGAAGGCCUACACUUCCUCCCCUCCAGCCAUCAGCGGGGAAACAACCUUGUCUGGCACAAACACGUCCUCUCCUUUUGUCUCAACAUCAACGACCACUUCAGCAAGUGUUGUCACCACUUCUAGUACCAACACCAACACCAACACCUUCGCCAGUUCGACUUUGUCUUCGUCUAGCAGCGGCAGGAGUUCCGGAAGUGCGAGUUCGAAAGGUCGAACCAUGCCGAUUGGUGGAAAUGAAAUUUUGGGAAGAGAGGCCAGUGGAACCGCCAUCACAGACAGUGUCAUAGAAGAGGACGAGCUGUUGCUGGUCGGAGACAAAGUUAUCAUCGGAGUUGAUGAGGAGAGACUGGUGAAGCUCCAGCAGACUUUUGGCGGUUGUACCAAAGGCAUGAUCAGUCGCAUUGGGAUCGAAGGUGUGGUGACUGCUGUUCCCAGCCUACAGACGCCGGCAGUGAGUGUGAAGUACACAGAGAAACAGAGCUACAGGCUCAACCCUGCGGUCCUGGUGAAGGCUUGUGGAAAGGUGGGACGAGUGCGCGCCGUGGACAGCAGUGGUCACGUGACGGUGAGGAUUGGCAGUCAGGAGUGGAAGUUCCAUGCUGCUUGUUUGCUGCCGGCACUCGGCGCACCUUUGGAUGACGUGAAGCCAGAAGAGCGACCAGACAGAAACCUUUUGAGUGAUCUAGGGAUGUUCUCAAACCUCCUCGAGGAACAGGCAACGACAGUGACUUAG